AUUUAGAUUAUAUAUUUAAACUGUUUAUUAAUUAAACUAAUGAACAAUUUAGGUAUUUAAAAUAAUCGAUUCCAUUAAAAGGCUAUUGAAAAUCGAAUGAAAUCUGAAUGUAAUGAGUGCUAUAUGCUCAAUACACGAACUAAGAAAUAAAAAAAUGAGUAUUAUGAAAAAUGGUUGAAAUAAAGAGAGAAGGAUUCUAACGCAUCAACAGAAACAUUUUUGGACAUCAUUACACCUAACCUUCCUUAAGCUAAGAUUCCAAAUGCAUUUUAAGUUAAGUUGAUCAAUGAUAUUUUAAAUAAUCAUAAGAACUCAUUUCAUUAUUGAUUAAUAAUAUUCC